AUGCCGAAACUUUGGAGUUGUAUUGCACCGAAGAAUGAUGAUGAGAAAAAACGCGAACAAAUUAAUAAACAAAUUAAUGCAAAAUUAAAACAAGAUGAAAAAAUUUAUAAAGCUACUUAUCGUUUACUUCUCUUGGGCGCUGGUGAAUCCGGCAAAUCAACCGUUGUUAAACAAAUGAAAAUUUUGCAUAAUCCUUUUACUACACAAGAAAAAAUCGAUAAAAUUCCUGAUAUUAAACGUAAUAUUCGUGAUUCACUUACCAGUAUUUUACGUGCUAUGGAUAAAUUAAGUCCACCUAUUGCACUUGAACAUCCACAAGAUCAAUGGCGUGCUACAUAUAUGCUAACAACAGCACAUCAAUUAGAUUUUGAUUAUCCACCGGAGUUCUUUGAACAUGCAGCAAUACUUUGGAAUGAUGCUGGUGUACAAGCUUGUUACGAACGAUCGAAUGAAUAUCAACUUAUCGAUUGUGCUAAAUAUUUUCUUGAUCGUGUUCAUGAAGUUAAACAACCAAACUAUAUGCCCAGUGAUCAGGUAUAUUAUCAUCUUUUUUUUUUGUUU